AUGCCCAAAGACAACAAGGGCAAGUCCGCCGUCCGAGGCGGCGAAGAAGCCUCCACCUCCGACUCCACCUCCCGUACAGCCAGCAAACCCUACCAGAAGAGAUCUGCGCCAUCUUCCUCAAAAGCCAAAUCUCAGCAUCCCGCCAAAAACCCCCGCUUUGACAAACCACCACAAGCAUCCUCGUCCUCUGGUCUCCCCGGUGCAUCCAAAAUCAAAUCCUCCAUCAGACAAACAAAACGUCUUCUAUCCAAACCUAACCUCGCACCAGGAACCAAAAUCGAAGCUGAACGACGUCUUAAAUCCCUAGAAGCCGAUCUUGAAGCUGUCUCCCGUAAACAGGUCGAAAAGCACCGCGCAUCACGCUAUCACAAAGUCAAGUUCGUCGAGAGGCAAAAGCUUGUUCGUCAAAUCGCAAGGUGUAAGCGCAAUCUCGCACGCCUCGAAAGCGGCAAGUCGAAAGACGACUCCGACUCGGACGCUGGUAGUGACGAUGACGACGAAGAGCAGCGGGUGAAAGAGUCAAAGAUGAACAAGUCAGAGUUGGACGAGAUGUUAGGAUGGCUAAGAGAGUUGUUACACUAUGUGGUACAGUAUCCGGUGGAUUUGCGAUAUGUUGCUCUGUUUCCGAACAAGGCAGAAGGACCAGCACCGCCAAAUGCUAAGGAGCAGGAUAAGAGUGGACAAAAGGCGUAUGAGCAUUUGGUCAGGGUGAAGAAGGCGAUGCAGGAUGGGAAGUUGAGUGGGGAGCCAGAGGUCGAGUUGAGUAGUAAGGAUAGGCCACGGACGAAGCUUGCUAGUGCCAGUAGUAGUCGCGUGAAUGGUGGAAAGAACUCGGUUGAGCAGAAGGGUGCGAAGGCGGAUAAGAACAAGCGCAAGAAAGAUGAGGAAAGCAGUGCUGAUGAGUCGGAUGAUGAUGAGGAGGAGGAUGCAGGUGGUGUCAAGGGUGAUGACUUCUUUGCACAGGACUCGGACGACGAGUGA